AUGAAAUUGAUUUCUCUUAAAAAGUUUGUAAUUUGUUUUUUAGUACUAUAUAUUACAAUAAAUAAAGUCAAAUGUAUUAAAAAAAUAAAUAUAUUAAAAACGACAAACACAAAAAUUCAAAAUGCAGUGCUACCAUAUACUAGAAGAAAAAAAUUUUUUGUUAUAAAUUUUUUUAAUAAGUUAAAACAAUUAAGAAAAUAUAACACAUUGAAGGAAGAAAUUUCUAUAAAUAAAAAAAAGAAUAUGAUUAAUUUGGUUUAUAAAGACAUAAUUAAAAAAAAUGAAAAACCAAUUUUAAAAAAGUUAGAACAUAUUUUAAAAAAACAACAAACUACACGUUUCUCUGUAUUUUUUAAUGAAUCUAUGCAUAAUUUCCAUAAUAAUUUUUUGUAUUAUUAUAUAUUUUUUUAUAUUUUAAAAAUAAAUGAAUAUGCACAUAUCAUAAAAAAAAUUAAUAAGUUCUUAGCUACCAAGUUGAAGAUAAAUCUAUUAAAUAAUACAAUCCACAAUAUCACAAUUUUUGAAAAAAAAUAUAUUUGGAAUAAAAAAAGAAUUCAUAAAAUUUUAAAAAAUAAAUUUAAAAAAAUCAAUAUAGAAUUGAAUAAUAUUUUAAAUAGACAUUUAUCAAAUUGGGAAUAUCAUUAUUAUAACACACCAUACGAAGGAAAAAGUUUUAAUCAUAAAAAUUUUCAUGAUAUUGAUUACAAGCUUAUCCAAUAUAUGUAUAAUAUAUAUGGAUUAUAUUUUUAUGACAUGUUUAAUAACAAGUUUUUAUUGCCCAGUUUAAAUAUUCUCACACGUCUUAUAAAUACUAAUAUUCAAAUAUUUCUUUUAAAAAAUUUUAAUACUGAUAAAUAUACAGCAAAUAAAGUUAUGCAUACAUAUAAAACAUUUUUCACAUUAACAACAAAAAAUAAUACAAUUCCAUUAUUUAUUCCAUUUCAAGAUACUAUAAAAUUAGUUGAAAAUUAUCAUUCUACAUUGGAUGCUAUAGUGAAAAAACAUAUUAAUGUUGAUAUACCUAAUUUAAAACUAUUGAAUGUUUUAAAUUUAUCAUUAAUAUUGUUAAAAUUGGUUGUACAACUUUAUGAAGUUAUAAUUUUACCUACCCACUAG